UUCAAUUAUUUAUUUAUUUAGAACGGUGCAGCAUAAGAGUCUUUAUUACAACAAUAUAUCCAUACACAUAUGUGUAUUUAGUUUGAAUUACAAUUUAGUCGUUUUAUCUUAUGGAAUAUGAUGUUAAUGUUUUUUGUACUGGUGAACUUAAAACGAUUUCCUUGUUAAAUCAUUUACAUGCUUCAGGAAAUAACAGGUUUUCCAGGAUUAUUUUUUUUUAUUUAUUGUUAUUUUUGCCAAUGAAUUGCUUUGCAAGGUACGUUAUUACAUAGGUGAUUUAUGGGUGUUACAAAAUAUAACUAUUGAGUAUUUUCAUUAUGAAACAUUUAAAUAAAUCUUGUUUUUUGCACGUUGAUGCAAUCAUUCUCAACAGACAUAUUUUUUGGCUCUCUUCUCUGGGUAAAACUAAUUCAAGUGGGAAAUUAAAGAUGAAGAAUAUAUAAAUGUAAGCUGAUUAGCUAAAAAAAUAUAUAGAUAUCAAAUACAUCCUUAAAAUACCAUUAAGGAUGUAUGUACAUGUUUUGAUUAGUGUUAACAUUUUAUUACGUCAUGAAAGUGACAAAAAUAUGUAUCUUAUCUGUAAAAAUGUGUUACUAUAUUAUUACGUACUAUCCAACCGCAAUGUGUGCUACACUAUCGCAAUGAAAUGCUAUUGGUCAACUGGUUCUCUCUCUCGGCCUCCGAGCCAAUCAGCACUCGCCGUCUCCAACGUAGCUCCGAUUAGUCACGGGCUGCUGUGAAUCGGAGGCCAGCGGACCCACAAUGCCAGGCGGGGGAGCCCCUUUCUCAGCAACACACCACAGCAUCACCGCCUCGCCUCGCUAGAAAAAGACAGCCAGGAGAGAAAUGCAAAGGGAUGUAAGAUGGCAGAGCUACAAAUGCUACUAGAGGAGGAAAUCCCCGCCGGCAAGAGAGCGCUCGUGGAAAGCUACCAGAACCUGUCCCGGGUAGCGGAAUACUGUGAGAACAAUUAUGUUCAGGCUCAAGACAAAAAGAAAGCUCUGGAGGAGACCAAAGCCUACACCACCCAGUCUCUGGCCAGCGUUGCCUACCAGAUCAAUGCCUUAGCCAACAAUGUGCUGCAGCUGCUGGACAUCCAGGCCUCGCAGCUCCGCCGCAUGGAGUCCUCCAUCAACCACAUCUCCCAGACGGUGGACAUCCACAAGGAGAAGGUGGCCCGUCGAGAAAUUGGCAUUCUGACGACAAACAAGAACACCUCUCGCACCCACAAGAUCAUCGCCCCCGGGAACAUGGAGCGGCCCGUGCGCUACAUCCGAAAACCCAUCGACUACACUCUGCUGGACGACGUGGGACACGGUGUCAAGUGGCUUAAGGCAAAGCAACACGGCAACAACGCAGCAGGACGAGGAGGGACCCUCUCCAGGACCAACCCGCCGUUACAGAAACCUCCCAGCCCUCCCAUGGCUGGUCGUGGCACACUCGGGCGGAACACCCCCUACAAGACGCUGGAGCCUGUGAAGCCUCCGGUGGUGCCCAACGACUACAUGACGAGCCCGGCCAGAAUGGGCAGCCAGCACAGCCCCGCACGCACAGCCUCCCUCAACCAGAGACCCCGGACACACAGCGGCAGCAGUGGCGGUAGUGGCGGUAGGGAGAACAGCGGAGGCAGUGGAGUUGGCAUCCCUCUGGCAGUCCCCACCCCUUCCCCUCCCAGUAUGGGCCAAGUGGCCACUUCCUCGGCCUCCGUGCCCCAGGGCCCCGGGCUGGGCCCCAUCCCCAUGUCCCAGUUCGGCACCAUCUCGCGCCAGAUUUCCCGCCACAACUCCUCCACCACCUCCUCGGCCUCCAUGGUGUCGGCCACCGGCACCUACCGCCGCGCGCCCUCCGUCUCCUCCCAGCAGCCCCACGUCAACGGGGGGCCAGCCUUCCAGCAGAGCACGAUCGCCGUGGCCCCGCCGCCCCCCCCCAUGGUCCAGCUGACCCCACAGAUCCCUCUGACCGGCUUUGUGGCCAGAAUGCAGGAGAGCAUAACAGACAGCCCCGCUCCACCUCCUCCACCUCCCCCAGAGGACAUGGGCGUGUUUGAGGAGCCCGCCCCCCCUCCACCCCCUCCACCUGUGGACUACGAGGAAGAGGAAGCCGCCGUGGUCCAAUACAGCGACCCCUACGCCGACGGAGACCCCCAGUGGGCCCCCAAGUCUUAUUUAGAGAAAGUGGUGGCCAUCUACGACUACAUGAAGGACAAGGAGGACGAGCUGUCCUUCAUGGAGGGCGCCAUCAUCUACAUCAUCAAGAAGAACGACGACGGCUGGUUCGAGGGCGUCUGCAACGGCGUCACCGGACUCUUCCCCGGGAACUACGUGGAGUCCAUCAUGCACUAUGCCGACUAAAAAACAAACAAACAAACAACUACAAACAAAAAAGACAAAAGAAAAGAAAAACAAAGACGGCGCUCGGUUUUGGACGGCAGGUAAAGAUGUACAGGCGGAUGCGGUUCGGUGAUAGCAGCUCAUACAGCUCCCGUCUGGAGAGUUAUUUUAGCGGUUUCCUUCUUUUGGAGGGGGGGGGGGGCGUUCUAGCAUCGAUUUGGUCUGCUUUAAAACUAGAGUUGCACAAGCUUCUAGAUGGGGUUUUAACCUUUCGAGGCCGUGGUGUGCUUGUUUACAUUGGAGCUGAAAGGGAGGAGGUAGAGACCCUUCCUUUUCAAAGCACCACCCUAUCCCAGCGCCGUUUCCACCGGCAACCAUCACAUUCAGCCUCGCCAGACAUCACCCUCAAUCAAAAGGGUCAGGCACAAAGGAAAUUUCCAUGUAGCGCCAAUCGAGCUAUCUAAAGAGGACACUUUUCCCCCCUAGUAUGCAGUAGGUUCGGCCAGAAUUCGAACGAAAUCUCCUCCUUCCAAAAAGACAUCCACCUUGCCUUAUCCAAAAUAAGAAUCAGAGAAGAAGAGCGCGUUAGGACGUGGCUGAAUGUUCCACGUCGCAGACGCCCAAACCCAGAGAUAUUUGGGCGGGGAAAAAAAAAAAAAAAGGCACAGCGGAGUUUGUGUGUCUGCUGCACUCGAGUGUCGGUGGGAAGGAUGUUUCAAUUAAAAAGGGCGAGUGUACAGAAAGCCGUACGCAAAACAAAACAAACAAACAAAAAAAAAGAAGACAGUUUCUUCUACCCGCUGGGGUUUGGUCCUGUUCUCUUAACGUGUAUAUAAACUGUAACGUGACGAGCUGCCAGUACAGUACAUUUUGUCAGUGUGUGUUUCACCAGUGUUUCCGUCGGCGUCAGUGGAGGCGGUGCCAUGGUUUGAUGCGCUUCUUUUUUAAACCGACUGUUUUAUUUUUUUUAUUUUUUUUUUACUUGAAUGUCCAUUUUCUCCAUCGGUCACGGUGCCAUUUUUACCUUUACCCCAGGCAAAAGUGAUUGUGUAUUAGCAUUUAUUUUUUUAACGUUGAGUCACGACUGUAUCUGUUUUUAUUUUUUUAUGUUUUUCGAUCACGGUCACUGUAUUUAGUGAUGCUGUCCAGCUACUGUAGCAGAGAGCUCCCUGACAUGAACCAACCAGUGCGUCUUUUUGUGUUCUCCCUCC